AUGUCUAAGAGAAAACCUCUUACUCAACAAAAAUUGGCAAGUGAAGAAGAACAUGAGAUCGAAGGGGAACCUAAGCGUAAAAAGGUCAACAAGAAAAGUCGGAAUGGAGAGUUUAUAGUACCCCCUAUGAAUCAAAAAUUUGUGAGUUGUUUACAACUGGGGAUGAAUUUAAACUUAUUAGAACAAGGUGCCGAAGAAUCGCUGCAAUUCCAAGGUACUGUGGCAGGUCAAUUGACACAACAGAUUUACGAAUUGAUCAGAUCUGAUACAUUGAGUAUAGCCAACCUAGAGCGCUGUCACAAGUGGAAAGGAGAAUCAUCUGAAAUAGAAUACUACUAUCUACGUUCAAGAUAUUUUGUUUCAGAAGAAAAUGGUAUGGUUUGUGAUCGAAAGAGAGACGACAGGAUUGUAUGUGAACCUGCUUCUAUGUUCCAUUUGGUAAUGUGUUCUCAUUUACAGAAUAAUCAUGUUACGUCUUAUAACAUUCAUCGAAAUUUGGUUAAGACAUAUGCCAAUAUUACUCGUGAUUAUAUUGUUACGGCCAUUAGUUAUUGUUCCAAAUGUAAUCCUGAUCUGAAGGCCAAACCUUUCCAAAAGAAGCGCCAUAAAAAUGUUUAUUGGGAACUUUUACCUCUGGAAAGAGUCCAUAUUGAGGUGUUUGAACCAUUUGACGGAGAAAAAAUACAAGGCAGGUUUUCUCAUCUACUUUAUUUUAGAGAUUAUUUCUCGAGGUAUGUUUGGAUUUUACCUUUGCAGAACGACAAAAGAAAGCAUAUGAUUCGAGCAAUGUCGUCAUUCUUAUUAGGCUUACCCCGAAUCCCGAUUUUUUUAGAGAGCACUACCAUUGAUAGGGAACAUUUAUUUGACCUAUGUGGUCAAAUUGCAGAACAUUACAGUUUGAAACUAGGACUCGGAGUUAAAAAUUCUCAGCGGUUCCAUAACAAUGGAAUCAAAGAUAUGAAAGAGUUGCUUGGGUCUCAUAAGGAAGAGUGUCUACAAGAUUGGAACUUAUGCUUGAAAUAUGGUCCAUUCCAUAUAAAUCAAAAUAUUAAUGUAUCAUCAGAUGGGAGACCGGGAGAUUUACUAUUUACAUCGGUUCCAGAUUGUAACAGAAAAUUUGUGAAGAAAAGAAAUGAUGUUAUUCUUGAUACUCCUUCUCAACAAGUCGUGCAUCUGGGGGAAGGUGUAUUGUUUUUGGAGAAUAAUAAAGAGGAACAUAAAACCGUCGAAGCAGUUAAGGAAAAUAUAACUCAUAGUGACCCAGAUGAGGAACGAGCGGAAAAUGACAACACUAAUGAUACUCAGGUUCGAAUUGAUGAAGGAGAUGUUAGCCCUUCAAAAACUGAGCCCGUUGAGCAGAGGGACGAGGAUGGUGAAGAUCGGCGGGGGGAGAGUGACGAAGCAGAUAUUAGACGCCCAGAAGAUGAGCCGAUCGAUGAUGCAAUUGAACAAAAGAAAGAGGGGAAUGCACGAAACCAUUUAAAAAAUUCUGCUGAAGUGAUGGUAGCUAAUAUUCCUAACGAUAAUCAUGUAAAUACUGUUCAAAUGCAACCAGCUAUAGUGAGGGAUGAUUAUAUUUACGACAGUGACGAAUUAGCCGAUUACAAUCUCGAAGUUGAGCAAAAACGGUACAAACGAAUGAGAAAAUCCAAUGAUGCGGAUGAUAAAUCGAUGUCAGAGAUGGGACCUAGGAAGAAACGUAAGCUAUUGGGUAGAAAAUUACAAUCUUCUACGAAUAUGGAUGAAUCAAUUGAGUUGUAA